AGUUUUGUUCCAGUUUCAACCUCUGAGAACCAUAAGAGGCUCUCACAGCAUGUAUCACCUUCUGUGCCACUGAGGACAGAUCUGAUAGGAGCUGAAGCAAAUCGUAUUCCAGUAUGUUUAAGCUAUGUGGACUUCAAUUUCUGCUCAUCAUUCACUCGGCUAUGUGUCAGAAUUCGGGGGACCUGCAUGUAACUGGGCCUCUGAAGGACAUGAAUUUCUCUAUUCCAGAGGGAGGGGGAGUGCGCUUCAUUUACCAGUUCACAUCCCAGCCACCUGCUGUGAGUUUCAGAGCAACUGGUGAAAAAGAUGGAAUAAUUGACAUUGUGCAAAAGACUGGAAUCCUGUAUCUCAAUGGGUCUCUGGACUGGGAGACCAAAACAGUGCACAGGCUGCAGGUGGAAAGUCUGGAUGAACAGGGAAACACAGUGGAAGGUCCAUAUGCUGUUACAAUAUAUGUGGAGGAUAUCAAUGACAACCCACCCGAAUUUGACCAGCUAAAGUACACUGGAGUAGUGAGGCAGAACUCCCGUCCAGGCAAGCCCUUCAUGUAUGUCCACGCUACUGACCGUGAUGAUCCUACAACUCCCCAUGCACAGCUGAUGUACAACAUUCUCCAUCAUUUUCCCAACCCUUACUCAGAAAUGCUUUUUGAGAUUGAUAAAGUUACUGGAGCAAUCUCACCAAGUAGGACAGGCUCUUAUUACUUAGAUCCUCAAAAGCAGGACACCUUCACACUUGUAGUCACUGUGAAGGACAUGGCGGGAAUGACAACAAAUGCUUUCACCAGCAGUGCUGAUGUGAUCAUCACUGUGAAGGAGAGCCUGUGGAAAGCUCCAUCCACCAUCCACAUCCAAGAAAACUCAACCCAAGUCCACCCUGUCAACAUCAGCCAGGUAUACUCAAACGAACCAAAUGUCACUUAUGACAUUUUUGAAAAAGAAAAGCUGCCCAGGCUCCCAUUUUCUAUUGAUCAGAAUGGGGUUAUUUAUGUGACUCAACCAUUGGACAGAGAAGAAAAGGAUACUUAUACUUUUUUUGUGAUCACAAAAGAUAAUGAGGGAGAACUGGUAGACAAGCCUCUGCAGAUUCAUGUCAUUGUGGAAGACAUUAAUGACAAUCCUCCUGUGUGCCAGCAGGCCCUCACUAUAAUUGAAGUUCAAGAGAAUGAAGGUGCAGGAAGUAACAUCGGCACACUGUUUGCUACAGACAAGGAUGAGAAGGACACCCUUAACUCUUAUCUGCGGUUCAAAAUUGAAAGUCAGGUUCCUUCUGUUCCUGCAAGUAAUUUGUUCUUUAUUCAGCAAGACACUGGGAUUUUGCAGUUAACUGGACAGUCAUUGAACAAACGCAUUGCAUCGAACUAUUCCUUGAAGGUGCAGGUGAAAGAUCCAGAUUUCCAAACAAUCUGUGACGUGCAAAUACAUGUCAUUGACAUCAACGAUCAGAUUCCCAUCUUUGAAAAAUCAGUUUAUCCCAACGUGACUGUUGCAGAAAAUAUCCCGAUAGGAUCAGUGAUAUUGGAAAUUCAAGCUACAGAUGGGGAUGAGCCUGACACGGGGAGCUCCUAUAUCAUUUACCAAGUGAAGGAAGGAGAUCCAAAUAAUGACUUCAUCAUAGAGACAGAUUCUGAAACAAACCGAGGAUUCGUCAGGAUUAAUAAGCCUCUUGAUUUUGAAACAACUCCAGUGUACAACCUGGUGAUCAACGCCACAAAUCCUGAACCAUUGGUGUCAAGUGUGCAGUACAACUCAAGCUCCCUUACCCUCUUUAAAGUUUUUGUAACAAAUGUGGACGAGGCACCUGUUUUCCAAAAGACAGUUUACAAAGCAGAAUUGUCUGAAGACAUUCCUGUUAAUACCCUGGUCAUGACGGUGGAGGCCUUUGAUCCUGAGGGGGAUUCUGUACGAUACUCCUUAGAAGGUGAUGUGAAGAAAUGGCUGAGGAUUGAUUCAACCACUGGGCAGAUAUACACUGCUUCCACUUUGGAUCGAGAACAACAGGAAAUAUACACAGUUGAGGUUUCCGCGUCAGAGCUAAAUAAUGCAGCUCAGAAAUCCCUAGCAACCUUGAUACUACAGUUAAAUGAUGUGAAUGACAACCCUCCACACUUAGCUAAGGAUCAUCCUCCUUUCUUCUGCCAUCCGCUCAGUGGAGGGGAGAGAGCUCUCAUUCAAGCUGAUGAUCCUGAUCAACAGUGGUUUUAUUCAACGUUUUCUUUUUCUCUUGCUGAUGAUACAAAUGCAAGAAAUAACUGGGAAAUCUCAAAAGUCAAUGCUACUCAUGCUUACCUCUCUCCAAAACAUGCUAACUUUGAAGAGAAUGUGUAUAACGUUCCAGUAAUAAUAAAUGACAAUGGAAACCCACCUUUGGAAGGAAAAGUGAAUCUUGAAGUAAAUGUCUGCAAGUGUUCCAGUGAAAAGUCGUGUUUUAUCGAAGUACAGCGUGAGCACUCCUGGCCAAGUGCUGGCCAGGCGAUUGGAAUUCUUAUUGCAGUUCUACUCAUCAUUGGUUUAAUUAUUGGGGCUGUAUUUCUUCACAUGAAAUACAAACAGAAAAAUGAAAACAAGAGCCAUCACAAAGAUGCAAAGGAUAAGUCUGAACUCAACAGACUGUCUUAGUGACUGCUUCAUCAAGAGACAAUUAUGCCCUUUGGGUUGGGAACAAGUGAGCUUUGUAGCUCCCAAAGCCCAGAAGUGUACUGUCACAAACUGAGGAUACAAACAUGCAAAAGCAGACUCCCAGGGUUUUGUCUUCUCUUUUGUAGGUAACAUUAUUCAGUCAUGAAACAAGAAUCAUACGUACACUACAGCAGCAGCCAUUAAUAAGAAUAUCGGCUUUGACUGAAGUGUUAACUCACAACAUCAAAAUACUGAGCUCCGGCAAGGAUCAACACAUGGGAUCAGCCUUCUUUGGCAGCUGAAGUAAGGACUUUCCAGAGAACUACAUUUUCUCCAACUGCAUAUCUUUGAAUCUCAGUAAGUUACUGAACAGCAGAACGGGGAAGAAAGUCCUGUCUGAAGAUGUUCUGUGAAGCUGCAGGAGUCUCUCUGACUCUCAGCAAAGAAGCUCCCAAACUUACCACAGCCCUGGGUCAUGCCUGCUAACAUUAUGCUAGUGGAUUUGUGCUAGCAACGUUCACUAGCAAUGUGACACUUUAAUUUUUCAUUUUUCAUAUUCACUGAGUAUAACCAGUUUGUGAAGCACCAUGGCCUUUCAUUACAGUUCCUGAGUUAAAAAAAAAUACGUGCCGAGUCACGUGAAAUCGAGUAAUGUGCUGUUUUAUCACGCUGAUGGAAUGUCGUUCUUGCCCCCUACACACUAUCUCAGAAUAAAAGUGUUCAUUAAGGCUUUCCA